AUAAAAAUGUAUUGGAGAACUAACAGUUAAAAUGUGUAGCUAUUCUUAAAUUGAAUUUCUUUUUAAGGAGCGGUAAGGUCAAUGCCGCUUAAAAAAAAAUCAGACUCUAAAUAUUAAUUUACCCCUAAACAUCUCUUUUUCCCUCUUCCCUCUUUCCUCUUUCUUUCAUUUUCCCUAUUCUUCCCGCUGAACUUUCAGCCUCUUCUUCCAGCCGAACCUUCAGCCACCAGCCAGCCACGUGCGAUGCCGAACCACCAGCCAUGUGCGACGCCAUCGACGCUGAACCACCAGCCACCUGCGACGGCCAAAGUCCACCAGCCACGUUAACAGCUUUCAUACACGUACGUCAUCUUAUCGCCUCAUUCGUCAAUGCAGCAUGUCUCUCACGUUAACAGCUUGCAGUCAGGUUCCAGUUGAUUGUGAAAGUCGAUCCUCCAUUCUUAGAGAUGCCUAAGUUGCUUGUUCCGUUCAGUGAUCACUUUCUUGGUCGAGUGACAUAUCGGGGUGGUCGUACUUUAAAUCACAUUAAGACUAGGUUUAUGGAGCUCGGGCUGCUUGAAAGGGCUAAGGAAUCCCUUUUUAAGCAGUUCUUUUUGGCUUCGAAGUGUAAUUUCUCCAUAGUCUUGGUGCAUCAACUGCCGUUGAGGAAAAUCGCCAGCAACAGCGAAGAUGAGGUGCAUUUUUUCUUGGGGUCGAAGUCUUGUAGAUUCGGCAUGGGAGAGUUUGCCCUGGUGACGGGGAUGAAUUUCAGUACCUUCCCAUCACUAGAGGAGUUGGAAGGGCAUAAUCUCAGCAACCGGUUGAUAAAGGAGUAUUUCAACGAUGCUGAGAAAGUAAAACUCUCACAGGUGGACCAUGCUUUUAAGACUUGUACUAUUGUGGAAGAUGCAUACAAGCUUGGUCUAUGUUUGUUGGUUGAUGGGGUUCUGAAUUCCAUUGAGGGCAAGUUGCACAUUUGGCGAGAUAUUCUGAAAAUUGUUGAGGACGUAGAGUACUUAUUCAGCUAUCCAUGGAGGAAGUACUCUUAUAGGAGGCUAUUGCAGUCUUGUAAGAAGGAUAUGGUGAAGCAAAAUGCCAACUAUGAUGCCAAGAAGGAUGCCAAGGUGCAGCAAGAGUCCAAAUACAGUAUGUAUGGUUAUGCCCCGGCCUUACAAUACUGGGCUUAUGAGGCUAUCCAGCAGCUUGCGACGGAGUUUGUUGUGAGAUCGGGAAACAUGGUCCUGAGGAUGCUUAGUUGGUCGCAUUGGAGGAACAAGGAUUUCACCAAGUCCGUCAUCUCACCGAUGUUAUCGAAGAAGAAUUUGAUUGUCCUUCCGAUGUUGAAGCCUCGACCAACAAAAAAAGACUAUUAUUUGUCUUUGACAGAGGGAGAUCUUCCCCUUUAUCCUGGGCUUGGCCAGGAUCCCUCGGAGGCUGAUGAGGAGGAGGAUGCCACUUUUGAGAAAAUCGCGGAGAUAGUUUCUCAAGCAACCGAGGCAGCCAAGAUAUUUGAUGAUGCUGCCCCGGGGGAGGAGGUUGCAGGUCCCACCCCUCAUGUUGCCCCAGCCUCAGCCUCAGCCCCAACACCAGCCUCAGCCCUUGAGCUCGCUGACUUGAUUGAGCGGUUGGACAUAGUCGAGGGUCGACAGGAGACCCUCCUGAAGAACCAGUCGGUGAUCUUGGACGUAGUCAGUCAGAUCCUGACAUUUAUUAAGGAGAAACCGAGGGGCUCCAAUGAAGAUUCAGACUUAGAGUCAUUGGAUAUUCCUCUGGACUAUGUUGAUGAUCCAACUACACCUCCUACCAUCAUUGUGACACCUGAUGUUGGAACUUCGAGAGUCGUUAUUGUCAACCCUGAGGAUGUUGCUAGGGUUCAGUUUCAGAGGACUAGACGCCAAAGACGCAAGCCAGAUUGGUUUGAGGACUAGACUGAUCCCACGAGGAAAAGACCUCGCACUGAUGCAGCUGCACCAGAAGAGGAGGCUACACAGGAGGCUACACAGGUGCUGGACCCUCUCAAGAAGCCAGAUCGCAAACAGUAUAGGACAAUGUGCAAGUGCCUGCUUGGAGACACCCCAAUAAGACCCCGAGGGAUGUAAAGACUGGGAAUCACGGUCCAGCGUGGUUUCCGACGUGGAAGACACCCCAGUCGUGGCUCAAUGAUGGGCAUAUUGAUGCGGUAGAACACAUGCUUCGUAUGCAUCGCAAGUAUUUUCCCAAUAUAUAUCGACAGAAUGCAGUUGUGAUGAACAUGUAUUUCUCACAAGUGAUACCUGCCCGAUAUGAUCAGUACAAGAAAAUUGCCGACAAAACAAAGUAUACGUGGGAUUCUGACGUUAUGUCCAUGUUGACCGGCAUCGAACAACAAUUUCUGGCAUCUUGGGAAGGAGUUGAGGAUGUAUAUUGGUGCCAGAACUAUGGACAACAACAUUGGUUUUCCAUUGAGGCUUCCAUUUCUAGUUGGACCCUCACUGUUUAUGAUUCGGACAACUCGAUGAUUAGUGACGCAAAGCUGGAAGAAAUUAUGAAUCCAUGGUGCUUUUUGCUUCAUUCUCUGUUAAUGCAGAGUAAACUGUUUACUGAUAGCUUGAUGUUGAAGAUUCCAUCAGCAAGAAAGAGGCUGCAUCAGUUCACAUGGCAUCGCAAACAGAAACACGAGCUCACUCAGUCAAAGAGAAGUGGGGAUUGUGGUGUGUAUGCUGUCAAGCAUAUUGAGCAUCUAAUGGUCGGCCUUCCAUUGGAAACUAUCUGCGAUGAAAAUAUGGAGAUGUUCAGGAACAAGUGGACCACAUACUUGUGAUAUCAAAAUUUGUUACCUUGAUGGUUGUAUAUAUACAGGGUCUUUAAUUGUGCAGUUUUUUGUUCCCAUUUUUUUGUAACUUACAUAUGUCUGUUAUCGAGUUCAUAUUGAACAUUAUCGAACUAAUAUCGAGCUAUAUCGAACUGUUAUCAAACUAAUAUCGAGCUUCAAUCGAGCAAUAUCAUUUUCAUAACCA